AACAAGAUGGCGCCAAAAACAAAAACACAAGUCGCAGGGGUGUGUUUAUUCAUAUCCUUAGUUUUGUACCUUCUUUGGAAAUUUUAUCAUGUUCAACAAAAACUAAGGAAAAAUCAACUAGAAGAGGACUCCUAUCUGUCAAGCCUGAUAAAUAAAUUUUGGAAGUCCGAAGAAAUGAAAUCUACAGAGUUUUCAUCAGUUACUUCAGAAUUUUGGAAUUCCAUUUUAACUGACUAUGAAAUAGUGAAAGUAUGGACCAUUGAUUUCAUCUGCUUAUUCAUUCCAAGGGGAAUAACUUCUAUAAUAGCUAGAACUAUACAAGUUAUAUGUGCUGCAUUGUUAAUUUUCAUCAUUGUGACCAGAUACUGUGGAUAUGUUUUCUGGAGAAUGGGAAAACAAAAAGAAAGUAAACCCAGGAAUAAAAGGAAGAAAAAUUCCAUUUCUUCCUUUUUUGAUCACCUGACAUUAAGGAGUGUUCUGGGAUUCUUAACAAUCUUGACUUUGUUGAUUAGCAUCCCAUUUGAGUACAUGAGACUGUAUCAGGAACAAGUUGCCAAAAAAGUUGCUGUGAUGAAAGUUGGUGCUCCCAGAGAGUGUGUUCCUCAGGAAAUGAACUUCUUGGAGAGUCUGAAAUACUGGAUAAAUUGGGAGCUGUCCUGGGUCCACGAUCCAUGUGAGAAGUACCAUAAGGCCAUGCUUGUGGACCCUUUGUGGGAAAUCUCACCACUGCUCGUCCUAUGGUCAGCUCUUGUCAGAGGCAUUCUUCAUCCUAUUGAACUUUUCUUCUCCAGCAUUGGGAAAUCUUUCAAACUGUUCUUCAGUGAAAUCCCAGCUCAGUGGCAGCCAUUCAUGUUUAUUCUGAUUGUUUUUGUUUUUGUUGUUGUCAUGGUGAUGAGUUGUAGCUACAGGAUCUCCCUACCUUUUAUCCUCAAGAUAGAACCAAAGACCCCAGUCACACAAAAAACUACAAGCAGGGUGCAACUGUGUGCUAAAAAGCAGGAGAAUGCUCUGUGUAGUGAAAAAGAGAAGACUUUAACUUGUAAACCUGUUAAGGAUUGUAAUUUGGAUAAUUAGAGAAGUUUAAAAUCCAAGAAUGUUAGUAUUACAUGUAAUUUAUCAUAUCAUUGACAAUGAAAUUCAGGUCCAUUUUAUAUACGUGACUAGAUAUGUUUUUAAGUACUACAAUAUUUGUUUUAUGAAUUCUUUGGGGAUUAUUUUUAUAAAUAAAUGAAUUUUUAG